AUGCCCCCCUUAUAUAUACCCAUGGGUUCAUCCAUCCAACAUCAUUCAUAUCUCAUCAAGCGUUUUUAUACUCCUCCCUCCCGGCGUACUUGGAGUAAGCAGCACCCCAAAUUUUUAACUCCUAGACCCCUGGUACAUCCAUAUAAUCUAAAUCGCCUACAUCCAGAAAAAGAGUGGUGGAAACUUUCGAAUCGCAAAUUACAUCCUGUUACAUUCAUGGGGCAUCCUGAUCCGGUAUCUAAUGAUAAACUUGGAGGAUCAAUUUAUGCGGAACAAAUGGAUUCUUCGACGCUUGCAAUUAUUAUGCACCGCUGUAUAGCAAAGGGAGUGAACAAUGUAUAUAUUUGGGAUAAACUAAUCGCACAGGCAAAGAGAUUAUGUAUUAAAAUGGAUACAACUGCAAUUUCCUACAUUUAUUUAUAUGCGUCAAAAUAUGGUGUGAUGGAUAAUCAUUUUAUUGGUUCUUUUGUAGGACGCGUGAAUGCAUUAUUGCCAGAAUUUGCACUAAUUGAUUGCGCUAAUAUUAUUAAAUCUAUGCAUAACCCCCAUUAUUUACACACUAGUACUCUAGUGAAGGUAAUUGGACAGGCAAAAAACCUUCUUUUGGCAAGGAGCGACCUGAGCGUUAAGGACUCUAUUGCAUUUUUAUCAUCAAUUGCCCCGUUUUACAGUCCUCCAUUUACAAGAAAUGAUGAUAACGUUAGUGGCAGUAGUUUCAUUGAUAAUGAGCUUCUGGAGCUUUUGUUUGACGAGAUACACGUUCACAUUAUAGAUCUCGUGGAUAAGACAUUGCUAUUAAACGCCAUGGCUAGUUGCCAUGAGAUAGGGUUAAAAACGCGUUAUUUACAUAACUACUGCAGAUUGCCUAUAGAAAAAAUAGUGAAUAAGUUAAGAGAAGGUGAUUUCAUAGGUAACGUCGGUUUGUAUACUCACUUGGUCAAGGUUGUUCAUCUAUUUAACUUUGGUACACUCGGCACUAAUUUAUAUGAUUUUGUGGAAAAAAAAUGCUAUUUACUAAAUAUUGAUGAAAUUUGUUUGUUUUUAUGGGCUUCCUCAUGGGACAGUCAGCUGCCCAGUUCAUUCAAAAAAUUACUGGUAAACAGAUUUAUUGACCAGAGCACCGACAAAAUUGUUGAUAAAAAUCUUGUACUUGCUCUGAUUGGGCUUGGAUCCACAGGUAAUUUUACACAAGUGGCUGAGAAAUUUUGCAAAAUAAAUGUUGACAAUUUGGAUACUUAUCACAAAUUACUAUUAUCACGCUGUUUAUCUCAGUAUAAUUUGCCAAUUAAAAUAUCUGUUACAGAUGUUAUUGCAAAAAUAAAACCCACAUUACCCUGGCAUAUCUGUAAAAUGUCGGAAUCGUUGGCCAAGCUAUCACAGUCUCUACUUCCCAGUGAUGUCAAUUUGUUAGAUUCUCCUCAAAAUAACCUUAAUCAUCAUGACAUUGUAUCUUUAUUGGUGGGAUUGAAUCCACAUGACCAUUGGCUAAAUAAUCAGGCCCAAUUACUUAUGAAAGAUAUCAUAAGCGGAACACUUAAAGCAAUCAAAUGUAGCCAUACAUUACUUGCGUUGGCACUGAAAUGUGUUAAUGACCCCGUAUUAGCUAGACAAAUUAUUGAAAAUUUUGCCACUCUCAAAUGGGAUACUAGUGUUGAGUCCUUUGAUGAUUUCAAACAGUACAAGCCAUUGGUGCAGGAGGCGAUGGUCAAAUUUGGCAUUCAAUAUAGCAAAGCUGCUCUAAAGUGCAAUCGGCUUUAG